GCUUGGGGCCCGUCAACAAUAUUAAGACAAAACCGUUUCAAAACCAUCUCUCUUCAUCAUCAUCACCAAUCACUACUACAAGAUCUCCUCUGUUUUUUUUUUGUUCUCUCCCAAUCGUCAUUUGGUAGGUGGCUUGUAAGUUUCUCCCCGGGCAAAGAUGAACGACGCAGAUGUCUCCAAGCAGAUCGAGCAGAUGGUGAGGUUUAUCCGCCAGGAAGCCGAAGAAAAAGCCAACGAGAUAUCUGUCUCCGCCGAAGAGGAAUUCAACAUUGAGAAGUUGCAGCUCGUCGAGGCAGAGAAGAAGAAGAUUAGACAGGAGUAUGAGAAGAAGGAGAAACAAGUCGAUGUCCGAAGGAAGAUUGAUUACUCAAUGCAACUGAACGCAUCGAGGAUUAAAGUUCUGCAAGCACAAGAUGACAUUGUCAGUGCAAUGAAAGAAGAGGCUGCAAAGCAACUCCUCAAAGUUAGUGAACAUGGCUUCUUCAAUCAUCAUCACCAUCAGUACAAACAUCUCUUGAAACACCUCAUUGUUCAGUGUUUACUUAGACUGAAAGAGCCUUCAGUGUUACUGCGUUGUCGCAAAGAAGACCUCCACAUUGUGGAGUCUAUGCUGGACGAUGCAACUGAAGAAUAUUGCGAGAAAGCAAAGGUUCAUGCUCCUGAGAUCAUUGUUGACAAGGACGUUUUCCUUCCUCCUGCUCCUUCCGAUGAUGAUCCUCAUGCUCCAUACUGUGCUGGAGGAGUGGUGCUGGCUUCUCGUGAUGGGAAAAUUGUGUGUGAAAACACACUUGAUGCUAGGUUGGAGGUCGCUUUCCGCAAGAAACUUCCAGAGAUCCGAAAGUCACUCUUUGGAAGGGUUGGUGCAGCUUGAUUGAUGAGUGACUCCAACUUUUAUCCAUUCUUUCUAUUGUCACCAAUUUUAAAAAGACUUGUGUAAUGUGUUAAUGGCCUUUUGCUUUUGUCAAUGAACCUUGGCCUUUGUCUGUUAUUUACUUCACAUACACAUGUAUGAUGGUUUGGUGUGGUGAGGUUAUAAUAAAUUCUGUCUUAACGAGACAUUUUUU